UCGUUGCACUCAUUUUAACUCUAACGCUCUGUCGACCACACAAUCGUAAUAAAAAUGUGUAAUAGGUGCUAAAAGACAAAAGUUUAUUUCUAAAAAUGGCCCCAGGCUUAGAAACUUUGAAAAGAGGUAGCAUUCAACUCCAAAGAGUUGCACAAAAAGUUGUCAACGAUCAAAUUGGAUCGAGACACGUUUUGGCGGUAUUUAUAGUCACAGGCUUCGUCCUUUGCGGAGUAGUCGAACAAAGCGCAUCUGUGGCUUUAAGGGCAAACAGUACUUCCAGUUAUUCAGCAGCUGAAUUCGCAGAGUAUGUCGAAAACACCAGUUAUAUCACGCGCUAUUGUCAACCACCGUCUAACAAAUCGAUAGUCCACGUUGUACGAUCAAUUCCACACAUCGAGAUUCCAAUGACGCGAACUGACGAAACCGAAGCCGUGCUGAGGCAAGCUUUCAUGUGGGGCAGUCUUGUCUCCCCCUUAGCAGCAAGCCGAGUUGCCGCAAGAGUCGGAGCAGAACGUUUAUUUGGGGCUGGGGUUCUUGGAACAGGGGUUGUGGCAAUCAUGGUACCGGCAUCGUGGCUCACACCAAGCCAUGUUGCCAUAAGGAUAGUUCAAGGGAUUUUUGUGGGUGCAACUUUUCCGGCAGCUCAUAUGCUGGCGGUGACUUGGAUCAAAACCAAACAUGUCAGUGCGUUUGUUUCUUUAUACACAGCUGUUAAUCUCGGAUAUGCGGUCGUCGGGAUUUUAGGGACGCUACUGGUCAGAAGUUGCGGUCGCGAUUUCUUAAGUUAUGUCAUUGCAAUGUCUUCGUUUCUGUGGUACUUCCUGUGGUGGAGAUUCGUUGAAGAGUCUUUACACCCCAAUCGGCCAAAACGAGACGAACAUAGAAACCUGCCUUGGCGCCGCUUACUCACUUCCAAGCCAGCUUGGGCUUGCGGUAUCACAGUAAUAGGGAGCCAAUGGGCCGAUGCUACUCUCAUGUUAGGUGUUACAAAAUAUUUAAAACUAGUUUACGGAUUCUCAAUCGAAUAUCAAGACAUCCUGCAGUCAUUACCACACAUUGGCCAUUUUUUCGCAGCUAUCACUUUCGGAGUGGUCGUAGACCACGUAAGACAGUCGGGAAUCGUGUCGACAACAACAGCACGGAAACUAUUCGUUUACAUUUCACAUUUUCCUCCUGCCGCUCUAAUGUUCGUUUUGGGUUACACCGGCUGCGAUCCUGCGGCUCCUGCAGCUCUCUACACUGCUGCUUUGGCCUUUACUGCAGCCACCCCAGCUGGGGCUUUUGCCAGUGCAGCUGACAUUGCCCCAAAUUUUGCAGGCACUGUGUUUGGUCUGUGUCAGACCGUCGGGGCUGCUGGCCUUCUCGCCGCAAAUUACGUGGUGUCCGAAGGUUUACACGGCUCAUUUGCAGGUUGGUGGCGCCUGGUUUUUGGCGUCUCAUCCGCUGUGCUUUUGACAACAGCUGCGUUUUUCAUGGCGAUGGGGAGCGGCUCAGUGCAGGACUGGAACGCCCCAGGCGACAUAGAGCCAGAGCUGGAACCUAUGGAGGAACCUUCUCGGCUGGAUUCCGUUCUUGAGUAAGAACAGGGGAAAAUCGGAUCGUGCGACACCAGACAAGUGCUUUCAUACACCGUUAUUGCAUCAUGCAAAUUAGAAAAUGAAACCGUCUGAAUAUUCA